UCUCACAGCCGGCAAGCUGAGAGGUUGAGUCAAGCUUUGUUAACACUUACAGAAAGGGAAGACAUAUGAAAUUGUGCAAUAAGACGUUCAUCUGGAGAAAAGGGCCAAUUUCUUUUCGCUUCAGUUGAAUAUUUCUGUAUUUCAAAAUUAACUUGCAUAAGCGAAAGAGUGACUACUCGUAGUGUAUUUUUUGGUAUGCUUUGCAGUUCUACAUUUAACGUACAUGGCAGUGAAAGGAAUGAAACGAAUUCAAUCCCAGGGCUUCCUCGGUUUUCGCAAUAUGGCGGGAGUUAUGGCGGGAGAAGAACGUCGGGCCGGUUGCCAUCUCAUGACAUUGUAGCAAUGUACUUCUACAUGUAGCAAAUGAUGUCCUAGAAAUAAUUACGAAGAUCCUCAGUUUUUUCCAAUGGCGACCUCUAGCUCUAUGAACGAGAAACUGGCGCCGAUUAUGGCUACGUUGAUUGCAAGACGAAAUCCAGAAAGUCUUAGUACUCAAGAACACCACACGUCGGCAAACCAAAUGAAGAAACUUCUAUGUGAGUUUAUCAAUAGCAUAUUGACUGAUCUUGAUGCAGUUGCUGCCCAGUUGUCAAGAAAGACUGGAGGUACCCCUCAUUCCGAGAUCUUUUGGCAAUUCCUUCAUCAUUGCCUUGAUGCCUUCCCAGAGUGCUUUGUUAGUUUAGAGCCCCAAAGUACUCAUGAUGCCAUACCUACCACAGGUGCUUCCCACAAUGCAGUGCAUGUGCAGGGAAACAAGAUCUGUAGAUCUGGUAAAGUAUUUACAUCAUGGAUCCUCUCUAGGAUUCUCUGUGUUCUUGCUGAGGCGGAUUGUUCUCUAUUACAUGACAAGUCUAUUUCAGCCAUUCUAUCGUUAUUGCAGCUGGUGAAAGGAAAAGACCUAGUUUUCUACAACAAGUGUCUCACUGAAUUUGUUUCACUCUUGGAGGAUCUACUAACUAUAGAUGAAAAGCUAUUUUCUUCCAACUGUCCUCCUUUGGAGGCCUUGCCUCUCUACCUUAGCCAUUUUCAGUUCACAGAGAGUAGUGACGAUAAGGAGGAGCUGAACAUGGUGAAGAAAUUCAUGUGUGUAAAGCAUGCAGAAGAUUGCUAUGCUUUACAAGAAGCAGUAAGGUUUGUUGCAUUCUUUGAUAUGUACAGCUGUUUAGUUAUAGCGGUAGCUAACUUUUGAAAUUACUGCUUUUGAGAAACAAGUUUACAACAACCAUCGGAUCAUUGUGUACUAAAGGUGUCCAUGAUCAAGUGUCCAUCGAUACUCUCGAUCUAUAUCCUCGAUCGACAUCUCAAUCAAUACUCAAUCUACAUGUACAUCCCGAUCGAUACUCGGUCGCUACUCUAUUGACACUUGAUCAACAGUCAGUUGAUAGUCGGUUAAAUAUUGACCGACUGAUAUGAAUUGAUUGAAAAUUAGCUGACUCUCGACCGACUGUCGACCAAGAUGUCGAUGGAGUGUCAACUGAGGUUUCAAUGGAGUGUCGAUUGAGUAUUACUGAUCAAGGAUAUCGAUUGAGGGUAU